CCGUUCAUUUAGUCAUUAAAGCGAGAAACUCACCGACAGUCGCCGUCAGCUGCCGAGCCAUGUGUGUUUGGGCUUCUAUCAUGCGGUGACAGCGGGGAGAAACAUAGAAACAGGAUCUGUGAAUGCAGUGCAAAGUCCAGACAUGAACGGAAACAGCGGAGUCACAGCGCAGACCUCACAGAUGAACGGUCACGGUUCACUGUCUCCAGAUGUUUCUGCCAAAAAGUCGGUUGGAAAAGCUCUGUACGAGCAAAGGAAGAACUACAUCAGAAACAGCAUCAACAGCCUGACGGACACGUCACAGUACCAUGUGGAGCAUCUGACCACGUUUGUGAUGGACCGUAAGGAGGCGAUGCUGACCAUCGAGGACGGCAUCAGGAAGCUGCGUCUGCUGGACGCUAAAGGGAAGGUGUGGACGCAGGACAUGAUCCUGCAGGUGGAUGGGAAAGCCGUCAGCCUCAUCGACAACGACAGCAAGAACGAGUUGGAGAACUUUCCUCUGGGCUCGAUCCAGCACUGUCAGGCCGUGAUGAACGCCUGCAGCUACGACUCCAUCCUGGCUCUGGUGUGUAAGGAGUCCGGUCAGGGCAAACCGGACCUGCACCUGUUCCAGUGCGACGACAUCAAGGCCAAUUUGAUCCACGUGGACAUCGAGAGCGCCGUCAGCGACAGCAAGGGCGGGAAGCUCAAGAAGCGUCCGGAGGUGCUGAAAAUGAUCCUGAAGAGUGACGGGACCAUCCCUCCGCCCCCAGGAGGCCCCGCCCCCGAGCCUCCAGGAGCUGUCAAUCAAGUUCACGCCAAGAGCCGGGUGGCCAGUUGGUCUGCGUGGACCAAUCAGCAGGAGCAUGAUCCACAGAGACAUUACACAGAGCUGGACGGCUCUCCUGAGAUGAGCGCAGGGCAAGUGGGCAGAGACGUGCAAAUCCUCAAUCACAUUCUGGACGACAUCGAACACUUCGUCACCAAACUGCAGAAAGCCGCCGAGGCCUUUAAUGAGCUCUCCAAACGCAAGAAAACCAAAAAGAGCAAAAAGAUAGGACCCGGAGAGGGGGUUUUGACGCUUCGAGCUAAACCUCCGUCUCAGGACGAGUUUAUCGACUGUUUCCAGAAGUUCAAACACGCCUUCAACCUGCUGGGGAAGUUGAACAACCACAUUCAGAACCCCAGCGCUGUGGAUCUGGUCCACUUCCUGUUCAAUCCUCUCAGACUGGUAAUCCAGACGUCUGGAGGGGUGGAUCUGGCUAAAAGCGUGAUCGUUCCUCUCCUCACCAGAGAAGCCAUUGACUUCCUGCACGUGGCAGGUUCGGCGGAGGAGAGACACCUGUGGGUCACGCUGGGAGAGGGAUGGACCAAAUGCAGGUUGGAGUGGCCGAAGGAUCACCCGUUUCCUCCGCACACGCUGUGUUUCCGGGACGGUUGGGAGCCGCCGGUGCUGGUGUCUCGUGAGCAGGACGUGGCUCAGCUGGCAGAGAGGCGUGGCACGGCGCACACCGAGCUUCAGAGACCUGUAGACGUGAGAAGCACUUCCAACUUUAACAUGUACAGUGUGAUGCUGAAGCUGGAGGCUCACAGCCAGAUGCAGAGGAACUUUGCCAAAUCCAGAUACGACUUUGUGGCCAGAAACAACACUGAACUGUCUGUGAUGAAAGAUGAGGUGGUGGAGGUGCUGGACGACAGGAAGCAGUGGUGGAAGGUGCGUAAUGUGUCGGGCGCUUCGGGAUACGUGCCAAACAACAUCCUGGAGAUCAGCAGGGCAGUGGACGUGACGAGCCGCGGGGAGCCCAUCUACAGCCACACCAUACAGAAGCAGCGCUCGGAUUAUGUGCCCAAACUGGUGGUGACGGAGGCCCCGCCCACCCCUACAGCCCCGCCUCCUCCCGCCCCGCUGCAGAUCCCCACCCCCCCACUGCCCCCCGCAUCCACCCAACAUCAGGACACUCCACCAGACGACAGCCAACAAUACAACAACAGCAGCGAGAGCGACGGAGUGACCAUGAGAGAGCAUCAGAGAGAGAGAGCCGCGCCUGCCAACCGUACGUCGAAGUCCAACAUGGAGGAGGUUCAGGACGAGCUGAUGCACAGACUGACUCUGGGCCGCAGCGCUCAGAAGAAGUCCCAGACUCCGUCUCAGUCCAGCAGCUCGACGGCGGUCAACAUCUCCUUCGACUCCACGCCGGACGACGUCAAGGCCUGGCUGCAGCUCAAAGGCUUCAGCGAAGUGACCAUCAACAGUCUGGGAGUGCUGACCGGUGCUCAGCUCUUCUCUCUGAACAAAGACGAGCUGAAGACCGUCUGUCCUGAUGAUGGAGCUCGAGUCUUCAGCCAGAUCACCGUCCAGAAAGCUGCUCUCGAGAGGAGCCCGGGCUCGGAGCUGCAGGAGAUCAUGAGGAGACGCCAGGAGAAGCUAGCAGCGGCCGCGGAUUCCGGCGUGGAGUCCUUCGACGAGGGGACCAGCCACUGACCCCUCUCUCACCUCUGUGACCUCUGACCUCUUACAGGACGCCGUGGAGCGCGCUCAGUUUGCCGCCAUAAUGCGCCGUCGUCAGGAACUCUUGGACCCGUCCGAUAACGGAACCGGAUCGGAUGCGGACGAACGCUCGUGACGAGAUUCCCAAAG